GCCGAGUGCGAAUGCGAAUGCUCAAUGAGAAGAGCUUUUACUGUUUUACUUUUUGCCUGAAAUACAUUUUGAGAUAAUUUCUUAUUGGUAGUUCUGUUUAUGCCAUCGCUUGCGUCUGUCUGUGUUAUUUCGAUUGCGAGAGCUAGUUAACAUUAGUUAAAAUUAAAACAAACGCCAGCCAGAAGAUAUAAUCGAAUUGCGGUUUUUUUUUCUCGCACCGAAUUUCCAUCCACAUCCGCAUCCACCAUCCGCCAUCCGCCAUCCGCCAAUCCAUCCCGUUCCGUUCGUUCGUCGCUAUCCGUCGGAUAUGUUGUUCUAUCGGUGUACCGUACAAGUACAAGUUCGUACCCAGUCCAAAGCCAAACAGAUUGCGCCGUGUGCCGGUAAAAAUAAGCGCAAAGUUUGAGAAAAACCAUCAACAUCAAGAUGAUGUGCCCUGGAGGAGUAAAAAAAACGUCGCGGUCUUAAUGAAAUCUUAAAUAAUGGGUUCGCUUUAGCACAAUUCGACGUUGCAUUCGGCCAGCGGUGUGUUGUGUAAACAAAGUUGUAGUUAUAGUUUUAGUUUAAUUAGCUUCGCAUAAGCUGCAACCGGAUCUGAAACAGACCGUGGAAACAAAAAAAUAAUAAUUGCAUUUCAUGUAUGCCAGUGUAAAUUUGCGUUCGUGUGUGCCAAGUUUACAUAUAGAGAGUGGAGUGGAUUGGGAUUGGAUAGUGUUGGAUUGGAUAGUAUCCCUAUCCGAUUCGCGCCGUUAUUGUUAAUGCGCAGGUAAUUCGGAGCGCUUUUCGGCCAUUCUGCCCAAUACCAAUAUUUUGUUCUACAUCGUGUUUUUAUUUUGUUUUAUUUCUUUUUUUUCAACUUUUUUUUGCUGUGCUGUGCAGUGCUGUAUGCGUUUAUUUGACAGCUUAUGAAUCACCCGCAAAGAUUUAUUUGUGCUGAUUGCAGCACAACUGUUGCACCCCAUUCAAAAAAAAAAUAAAUAAAAAAAUAAAUGAUCACAAAAAACACCCUUACAUCGUCUUCGGGAAAACUACUGAAGCGAGUUGGGCCAGCAAAAAAAAAAAAGAAGAAACGUAUAAAUACAAAUAAAUAAAUAGUAACCAAGCUACCGAGCCCAUUGUUCACCGCCCUUUACUAUUAUAAUUACGUUGCCUUUUUUUUGCAGUGCAUUUAUUAAGGAAUCAGUCUGAUAUCAGAACAACCUAACUACCGCCUUUAAAUCAAAGAUAUGGUAGCCAAUUCCGAUUCCGCCGAACAAUCGACUCGAGCGACUAGAUUCGGUAAACACCGGCCAAGUGCAAACUCGACUCCCAUUACCACUGUGUAAAUACCAGAAAGUAAACCCGAAAAGAACAAUAAUUCAGCCUGCAGGGGAAAAACAACAAAAAAACGCACGAUACACUUAUUUGGAAGUGGAUUUAAGUUUCAGUAAUGCCAGCCAAUGAACGACCAAUUGCGAUCCGAUACAGAAACAGAAACAUAUGCGACGAGUAAAUAAAUGCAAAUUAAAACAAAAAAGCCGGGCUCAUGUCACAAUUGGUCAUGUAAAUCGCGAAAGAUAAACAUAAUCCGUAUAAUCCGCACAAUAUCAUCGAAGUCGCGACGUUGGAAAAUGUGCAGUGCGGUUAAGUCCUGAAAAUGGAUCGCUUUUCACUGAUAAACAUCCGCACUUGGGUUUACUUCCUCGAUCCGAAAAGUUCGCCGAAGAAGGUGCUGUGAAUACCCGAAAUCCGCACAGCACUCCAUCCAGAGAUAGAGAUCUCCUCCAGCUUUCGGUUUCCCGCACAUCUAGACCAUAUCCCAGCCAAUCGUAGCGACCGCACUAAGUAGCAUCUAAUCCUGGAGCUUCACACCAAUGCGAUAUGGAUUGUGAUUACUCGAAGUUUCUGUACAAAAUUGGACCCGGCACCAUACCAUCACCGUGGACACCAGUGAAUGCCGGUCCUCCAGGCGCACUUGGAUCGGCAGACACAAAUGGCAGCAUGGUGGAUAGCAAAAACCUGGAUGUUGGUGAUAUGAGCGAUGACGAAAAGGACUUGUCAUCCGCUGAUGCCGAAGGUGUAUGGAGCCCAGAUAUCGAGCAGAGCUUUCAAGAGGCUUUAUCUAUAUAUCCGCCGUGCGGACGUAGAAAAAUCAUUUUAUCCGACGAGGGUAAAAUGUACGGUCGCAACGAGCUAAUCGCACGAUAUAUAAAACUGCGCACAGGCAAGACGAGAACCAGGAAGCAAGUCAGUUCGCACAUCCAAGUGCUGGCUCGCCGCAAGCUCCGCGAGAUCCAGGCGAAAAUCAAAGUGGAAACCAAUGGUGUGUCUUUGCAUUUAUUAAAUGAGAAAGAACAAGCGUUGCAGGUCAUGAGCACAAUGACCAGUUCGCAAAUCGUGUCCGCCCAAGCGGCCAACAAUCUGGCAUUGGCUGCCUCGGCAUUAUCGGCAGCAGGUGGUGGUGGUGGCGGCGUCCACCACACCACAAGGCAUCUCAAUCUCAGUCUCCCACCACCCCCCACCCACCAUAGACACUCGUCGGCGGCAGCGGCAGCAGCUGCUGCAGCAGGCGCAGCAGCCGCAGCAGCCGCAGCAGCAGCAAUAGGCAGCCAUGUCCCUUCAGCCGCGUUGGUCCCCGGACCGCCGGCUAUACCGUCUACCACGUCGACGUCGUCGUCCUCUGCAUCACCACGACAGCAGCAACAGCAACAGAUACAGCAGCAGCAACAGCACCACUACCACCACCCAGCCCACGCCCACCACCACCACCACCAUUCCCAUCCCAAUUUGACGCACCUACCGCAUAGUCAUAUGCAUCCACACCAUCACCAGCAUGCGGCAGCCGUUGCAGCGGUAUACCAUCUACAGCAGCAACAGCAGCAGCAACAACAGCAACUGCAGCAGCAGCAGCAGCAGCAGCAGCAGCGGGCAAACCAUACGGACAACGAUCCAGUGGCUCUGGGUACUGGCGGCGGCACUAGUGAGGCGUCGCCAGCACCGCCAGCGCCACCACCUCCUCCGCCGCCGCUGCCCCAUCCGCCGUUGUAUUCUGGCCAAUUCUGGCAACCUGGACUACAGCCAAGCACGUCCCAAGAUUUCUAUGAUUACAGCAUCAAGCCCUUCCCCCAGCCGCCGUAUCCAGCUGGCAAAACGUCGACUGCGGUUUCCGGGGACGAAACUGGAAUUCCGCCCUCACAAUUGCCCUGGGAAGGACGAGCCAUUGCCACGCACAAAUUCCGCCUACUCGAGUUUACGGCGUUCAUGGAAAUCCAGAGAGAUGAAAUUUAUCACCGGCAUCUAUUCGUUCAACUUGGCGGCAAGCCAUCCUUUUCCGAUCCAUUGCUUGAGACUGUUGAUAUACGGCAAAUAUUCGACAAGUUUCCGGAGAAAUCUGGGGGACUCAAAGAUCUCUACGAAAAGGGUCCACAGAAUGCGUUUUACCUAGUUAAAUGCUGGGCGGACCUGAACACCGAUCUAACAACCGGCAGCGAAACGGGUGAUUUCUAUGGCGUAACCAGCCAAUACGAAAGCAACGAGAAUGUCGUGCUCGUGUGCUCCACAAUCGUUUGCUCCUUUGGCAAGCAGGUGGUGGAGAAGGUGGAAAGCGAGUACUCUCGACUGGAGAACAAUCGCUACGUCUAUCGCAUCCAACGCUCCCCCAUGUGCGAGUACAUGAUCAACUUUAUUCAGAAGCUGAAGAACCUACCGGAACGCUAUAUGAUGAACAGUGUGCUGGAAAACUUUACAAUAUUGCAAGUAAUGAGGGCCCGCGAGACGCAGGAGACACUGUUGUGCAUAGCUUAUGUGUUUGAGGUGGCGGCCCAGAACAGCGGCACUACCCACCACAUAUACCGUCUAAUUAAGGAAUAGCAAAAGCUGCAUGGAGCAGAACCCAACCUGUCUGCGAAUCCCAUCAUCAACACACAAGUUCACAAAUAUACCGACAACAACAACAGCAGCAGCAGCAUCAACAAUAAUAGUAGCAUCAUCAAUACGGCUAAGAAUUGCGAUAAUAAGACGAGUAAUGAAAUUGCCAACACAAUAUCCAACACCAAGAGUGCCAGAAGCAACAUCAUCAGCAGUAUCAGCAGUAUCAGCAGUAUCAACAGUAUCAGCAGCAUCAGCAACGCCAGCAACAUCGGCAACAUCAGCAGCAUCGGCAGCAGCAAUAGCAACACCAUCGCACUAAAAUGUGGCGACAGCAAUAUGAAAACCAGGAACCUAUCCGUUGCUGGCGGCACAAUUAUAAAGCAAUCACUCACCUCACCGCAA